AUGGGACUCAACAUGAAGAUGCUACUGGGCAUUCUCGUAUCAUCCAUCAGAUCAUCAAAAACUUCCAGAGAUCAAGCAAACCUGAGAGUGGAAACUUGGAUCUAUCUUUGCAGGCCGACGUUCUGGGAGAUCGUCCGGAGCAAAUCCACGCAGGAGUACUCGGGCCUGCCGUACGUUUGCACGCUCUUCAACUGCAUGCUGUGGAUCCUCUACGGCAUGCCGUUCGUGAAGCCGCACAGCAUGCUCAUCAUCACCAUCAACGCCGCCGGCUGCGCGAUCGAGCUCGUCUACACCGCCCUCUACCUCUCCUAUGCCACCAGAGCCAAGAUGGUAUACUUGCAACUUUCCGAGGACCACCUUGGUUGGAAUCCCUUCUUCGCGUUUCCGGACCCGGUCGUGAAGGUGCUGAAGAUGCUGGGUGCCGUGGCUGUAGCAUUUGGACUGAUCACGCUCACCACCGUCAAGCUUGCUGACACCCACGACGAGAGAAUAACCGUGGUCGGAUCCAAGCUAGUGAUCCAAACCAGAAGCGUCCAGUACAUGCCGUUUCUAUUGUCGCUCUUCGUUUUCCUCAACAGCUUGGUGUGGACCUUCUAUGCCGUUGUAACUCGGGAUAUCUUCAUCGCUAUACCAAACGGACUUGGUUGUCUCUCGGGCAUCGCUCAACUCAGCCUCUACGCGAUCUAUAGAAACAGCAGCAGUGACAACAGCACCGAGGAGAAUACUACCAAGACAAUGUAUAACAAUGCACUAUGCAACAUUCAAAUCGACCAGCUGGGAGCAAACGGCGACGACAUGAAGAAACCAAGCUGCAAACACCAAUACGAGCAGCAAUAGCAGGACUUUUAGAGCUAGACAAACACA